ACCCAGUCUGUGCUUAGGAUCAGGGUUCAGUCUUUAGCUCAUUUAAAAACUGGAUUAGUGUCUACACUGCAACUUCUCCUGCCUUGCACUCUUUGCCCCAGCCACACUGAAUCACUUGCAGCCUUCCAAACAAGCUUCUCCCAGCCCGGCACUGGUCACAGCUCAGCUUCUUCACUAUGGUGGGCUCUAAUGGCAAUGAAUCCAGUGCUACCCAUUUCAUUCUAAUAGGCCUUCCAGGCUUGGAAGAAGCUCAGUUCUGGUUGGCCUUUCCACUGUGCUCCCUCUACCUUAUUGCUGUGCUAGGUAACUUGACAAUCAUCUACAUUGUGCGGACUGAGCCCAGCCUACAUGAACCCAUGUAUAUCUUUCUUUGCAUGCUUUCUGGCCUUGAUGUCCUCAUCUCUACUUCAUCCAUGCCCAAAAUGAUGGCCAUCUUCUGGUUCAAUUCUACGACCAUCCAGUUUGAUGCUUGUCUGAUACAGAUGUUUGCCAUCCACUCCUUGUCUGGCAUGGAGUCCACAGUCCUGCUGGCCAUGGCCUUUGACCGUUAUGUGGCCAUCUGCCACCCACUACGCCAUGCCACUGUGCUAACAUUGCCUCGUGUUACCAAGAUUGGCUUGGCUGCUGUGGUACGGGGUGCUGCACUUAUGGCACCCCUGCCUGUCUUCAUCAAACGGCUGCCUUUCUGCCGCUCCAAUAUCCUUUCCCAUUCCUACUGCCUACACCAAGAUGUCAUGAAGCUAGCCUGUGCUGACAUCCACGUCAAUGUGAUCUAUGGCCUCAUCGUCAUCAUCUCUGCCAUUGGCCUCGACUCACUUCUCAUCUCCUUGUCAUAUCUGCUUAUCCUCAAGACUGUGUUGGGCUUGACACGUGAUGCCCAGAUGAAGGCAUUUGGCACUUGUGUCUCUCAUGUGUGUGCUGUUUUCAUAUUCUAUGUACCAUUCAUUGGAUUGUCUAUGGUACACCGUUUUGGCAAGCGGCAUGACUCCCUCCUGCCCAUCAUCAUGGCCAACACCUACCUGCUUAUUCCUCCUGUGCUCAACCCUAUUGUCUAUGGAGUGAAGACAAAGGAGAUCCGGCAGCGCAUCCUUCGUCUUUUUCAUGUGACCACCCACACUUCAGAUCCUUAGGUGUCAGUGAGCAAAUUUGUUUUUCAUUCAAGUCUUUCAAUUGAGAUUUUAAUAUUUUGGAAGACAAUAUUAGGGGAAAAAACCUUAAUAAAAACACAACUGAUCCUUCAAAGACAAAACUGGUUGGAGAAUCUCCACGUGGAUAGGGGCAGCAAAACUCUAUACUCCUAAUCCCGAGUUUUGAAUAUUGUUUUCCCCAUUAGUUCUUCUCUAUAUAUAAUUAUUAAAAACCCUAAGGUGGUUGUGGUUGGAGGGUUAUUACUUCCCAUUUAACCAUUCAGUGCAAAUCUCGAAAUUGCUUGAACUGAUAGUCCACAGCAUUCUGAGAUAAGUGUGGUACAUCUAAAGAACAUUUACCAAAGUCUUAAGUGUGAAAAAAUUA